ACGUGCACAGCGCGCAAUAGUUUAAUCUACUUCAGUUCGUUCAAAGUGCGUAGCGUAUACGGUAUUGAUUAAUUCGGAGGUUUAUUCUCUGUAAUUUUGGAAGAUUUGCCAAUUGCAAUAACAAUACAUUCAUUUCAUUGAUUACGGAUUGUAUAGAGAGCAUUCCGAGAGCAUCGAUUUUCUACCGAUUGGAACAGAUUAAAAUUUUCCAGGCAGACGACCCCUGCAAAAUGGCUGAACCACUGCUAAGCUCUUGUUGCCGCUGCUACUCUCUAAAGACUGGGUCGAUUGUUUCUGGUGUUUUGGGAAUUGUGCUGUCAGUAAUUUCAAUUAUAGUAAUUUUUACCACCAGAGUCGAGUUUAAAACUAUUUUAAUGGAUUGGCUGCCCCAAAAUGUGGUGAAAAUCAUAUUUGUAUUAAAUCUGUGCAUGACUAUUCUAAUUUCACUCAUUAUGAUACUCGGAGUUCUCAAGAAAAACCAUUUUCUAAUGAUGCCUUGGGUGAUACUAGGAAUUAUGCUCGCGAUAGGGUUGCUCAUAAGCGUAAUUUAUACGGCUGUCGUUUAUUUUAUCGAAGGAUUUGUAUUAGGUGGCACACUUUGGAUAAUUAUUGGUCUGGUAUCUGUAGUGGUCUAUACCUACAUGUGGGCGGUGGUGUACAGUCACUUUGUUGUACAGAAGAAUGAAAAUGAACGUGGAAGGUACUCCAAACAGCCAUAUCGACGAUAAAUAUUCGGAUGUUAUUCGCAAAGGAAGAGGAUCAUACUUAAAAUUAAGAUUUUGUAACAACGCAAUGCUGCAUACAUAAUAUUUAUAGUUUAUACUAAUGUUUUAUUAUUUAUUUGUAGAUGUAAUUUCUUUUAUUUAUUAAGUUUUAUCGUUCGUUAAUAUUAUUAAUAUACAAGUUAUGUGAAGAAAUUAACUCUCUAAAAAUUAGAAGAAUUUUAAUAAAAAAUUGAAUCUCAUA